AUGAACGUCUUGACAAUCAGUCUGACUGUUUGCCUGAUCCUGUGCGCUGCAGCCGCUGAGGGCGGCAUCAUUGCCGGCCAUCCAGAUGAGCUCAUCUCUAGCCCGGCUCAGUACGAGUUUCAUUAUUCCGUGCACGACAGCCAUACGGGCGAUGUGAAGGAUCAGUUCGAGCAUCGACGUGGAGAAUACGUUACGGGUCGUUACUCGCUGAUCGAACCCGAUGGACACCGUCGCAUCGUCGACUACAGCUCGGAUCCAUUGCUGGGCUUCAAUGCCCAAGUGCGUCGCGAACCCAUCUCCAUUAUCACACGUCAUUAG